AUGUUAACGAUAAGAAGGCUCAAGGAGAUAAAAAGAUACCAAAGGACCCUGCCAAGAGGGUUUGGGUUUCGCCUUUGCAGGCAGACCCCCUCCCUGCCAGCGCGGUUUGGGUGUGGGCAGGGUUCAGGUGAGGCACCCGCUCCUGCCAGGGCUGGUCCCAUUGUGGAGGGGCUCCGCGCGGCCUGCAACCCGGGGCUGGAAUUCUGCCACUUCCAGCCUCAAGUCAUCUGCCCGUCCGCCUGCCGCGUCAGACACGGAGCCCGGCCCCAUGGCCCCGCCGCCGCCAUCUGUGAGGGCUGGCUCCAUGAGAUGUGCAGCCUAUGGCCCUGCCAGGCCCUGUCCCUGCAAGCGGAGCAGGUGCUACACCAUCAGCGCUCGGGUUACCAGGAUAUCUUUGUCUUCUGCAGUAAGAGCUACGGUAAUGUGCUGGUGUUGGAUGGUGUCAUCCAGUGCUCAGAGAGGGACAAGUUUUCCUGCCAGGAGAUGAUAGCCAACCUUCCCCUCUGCAACCACCCCAACCCACUCAAGGUGCUGAUACUCGGGGGCGGGGAUGGGGGUGUCCUGCCGGAGGUGGUGAAGCAUUCCUCCGUGGAGUCCGUGGUUCAGUGUGAGAUCGACAAGGAUGUCAUUCAAGUCUCUAAGAAGUUUCUGCCGGGCAUGACCGUUGGCUAUUUGAGCUCAAAGAUGACCCUACUUGUGGGUGAUGGUUUUGAGUUCAUGAAACAGAACUGGGAUGUUUUCGAUGGCAUUGUCACUGACUCCUCAGACCCCCUGGGCCCUGCUGAGAGUAUCUUCAAGGAGUCCUAUUAUCGGCUCAUGAAGACAGCACUUAAGAAGGAUGGCACCCUCUGCUGCUAGGGCUAGUGUCAGUGGCUGCACCUGAACCUCAUCAAGGAGAUGGGACAGUUCUGCGAAUCACUGUUCCUGGUGGUGGGCUAUGCUUACUGCACCAUCACCCCCUACCCCAGUGGCCAAAUUGGCUUCAUGCUGUGCAGCAAAAGUCUAAGCACCAACUUCCCCAAGCCUGUGCAGCAGCUGACACAGAAGCAUGUGGAACAGAUGCCACUGAAAUUCUACAAAAAUGACUUGCACCAGGCAGCCUUUGUCCUGCCCUAUUUUGCCUACAAGGCCCUGAAUGAUGUGUGCUGA